AUGGAAAUAAGCUUUGGUGGAGCGAACGGGUGCCGUUUUAGCGUUUUGGGGUUCGUGGCGAGACCAAUUUCGAAAAAUAGCGCGCAAAAUGGAGAGACGCGAGACAUUUUUGUGCAUUUGUGCGUCACCGUGUUUGCACAAGUCAAUACAGUAUACCAACCGCGAACCGAGUGCCAAAAAAAUACGUGUUUUUCAGCUUCACAAAAAUGAGUCAAGGAGGCAGAAGCAAUUAUCAAAUCCAACCCAAAGUAAAACUAUCAAAAACCAGCGGAAAACAGAAUGGUUACAUGAUUUGGAUCAGAGAAAGGGGAAGAAAUGAUUUCCGCCAACGAAAAGGAUGUAAUUAUAACACAACUAACUUGGAACAUCAAGCAGAAAUGGGAAAAUUGUGGAAUGAAUUAAGUGACGAAGAUAGGCUUUUGUAUAAAGAAAGAGCAAAACAUGCGAAUUCGAAUCCUGAAGAAGUGACGAGAAGAAGACAUGAAACAAAUCGAUGGAGAAGAGAUCAAUUGCAUAGAAAUGCUGACGUGUUUCUUGACAGAAGAAAUGAGCAUUAUAGUGAACUUGUAAGACGUCAGGAAUUCAAAAGAAAUCAGCGGGGAAUGGCGAAGAUUCCGGAAAAAGAAACACCGUGGACAAGAUUUCCAACUUUCGAUGAGGAUAUUAAAAUCAAACGAAAAGCUGACAGAGAACAUCUGAAAAAUGUUGUAACUUUUCGAACAUUGGGAAGACUUGAGAAUCCUUUCGUCACAAAUCCAAAGAAAAAUACUUUUCAAAUAAUAUCGGUGUUUCCCAUCACAUUUCUAUGUAAAUCACAAUUUUCCGAAGUUUUCACAUAUCCUGCCGAGAUUUCUAUAAUGACAGCGGACCUUAAACAUGGAAUUAUUGAUUUGAAAUCGAUUCAAGUCGAGUUUCGACCAGAUCUUUUUUAUGGAGAAAAUCAAGAGGAUUUUGAAUUGGAUAGACAAACAAGGCAGAUUUAUAGUUGGUGGAAAUUUAGAAUUUUUCAGAAAAAAAAAAUCAUAUAUUUUAAAUUUUCAGCCGAAUGUUUGGGAGUUCCUUCAAGUGGUCCAAGCAACGCUUUAUCACCAGAACAGGCGCAUCGAUGGGUUAUUGCGAAUACGGAUAAAAGUUAUUUUCAACUUUGCGAUUACAAACAAUUCACAUGGGUUGUAAGUAGUUUUAUAUCUACUAUUUUAAGUUCUCAUCCAAAUUUUCAGACGCAAGGUCUUCGAACCUUAUCAAUAAUCGCCGGAUUUGCUGCGCGAAAAGAUUUCGAAGAGCACAUUGCUAAUAGACUUGUGACAAUUCAGGAUUUUGCCAUUGAAAUUAUCGCAAACACGUCGUGUUCGGUUUAUGAGAAAUGGAAUGAGGAGGAUAUUGAAGAGGCGUUUUUGGUGCGGUUAAUAACAUGAGCAACAUUAUUUUUAAGAUUGAAAUAAUGAUCUUUAAAAAAAUCCAGAAAAAUUAAAGUUCUGAAAUUUGCGCCCGAAUUCUUAUAAAUUGCGAAUUCACAAUUUUCUAGGUCUCGAAGCGAUUUUCAGAUUUUCCGCUUCAAGACCUCAAAAUACUGUCCAAGAUUUUCCUCUUUUUUAGUAUCAGAAUAAUGCUCUUAACAUGAGCAAUACCUUAAUUAAGAUUAACAUGAGCAACAUCCUUUUUAAGCUUAAAAUAAUGCUCUUAACAGGGCCAACUUAUUUUAAGGUUAAAAAGCGCUGAAUAAUAUGAAUUUAGUGUCAAAAUAAUGAUCUUCACAUGAGCAAUACCUUAACUAAGAUUAAUAUGAGCAAUGUCGGCUUAAAACAAUUAUCUAACAUGAGCAAUACCAAAAAAAUGAUAAACCACAAAAUAUGCUUUAAUUUUCAAAAAAAAAGUUUUCUAGCUAUGAUGCGCCUUUAAAAGCCCUUAAAAAUCACUGGAUUAACAUGAGGAAUAUAAAUAUUUUCUUCAGAACAAUCGAUUAUUACCCCAAUCAUCCGGGUUUUAUUGCGAUUUCCAUCAGCGAAUGGACGAAUCAAAUCUCUCCAAAUAUCAAUGUUGUAUAACUCACAAUGUUCGACUUCUGUAAGCUUUUUUUUCAUCAGGAGCCGAAUUCAUUUAUGAAAAUCCCCCAGAAAAUCUUAAUUCCAGUCACGUUUUCCUGGAUAUUUGCAAAGAGAAUGGCCUCCAAACCUUCAAUCAACACUACAAUCCAACAAUUCAUAAUCUAUGUGAGCAGAAACAAGAGGCGGUUGCGAAUUUGCCAAUGGCUCCAAGUAUUGAUAAACCUCAAGCGAAUCAGCCUGUUCGAGCAGCUGAACCUGCGAAUAUUUAUGAAAAUGCGCCGAUUGGUGAUUUGCAUCCGAUGAUACGAUAUUUUAAUAGGGGAUCAGGUGAGACUCGACUUUUUCUGAAAUUGCAGUUAUCCUAUGACGUGGCAAAGUUGAAAAUUAUCUUCAAAAAUGAUUUUCAUGCAAAUCUGAGGUUUAGGUUCAAUUUUUCGGAUUUUUGAAUUUCAGAGUUGCUAGACCCAAAUUUCGUGCUGAAUAUGCUGGAAACAAUGAAAAUUGCUGAAAAUCAAGAUUUCCAACAUUUUCAGCUCAAAAUUUGAGCCUAGAAAGUCUCCGUGCCAAAAAUUACGAAAAUUUGGAUCAACCGAAUAAGUGUCAAAAAUAUCAUUUUUCUAUAUCAGAAUUUUGUGCUAAAAAUGCUGAAAAUCGUGAUUUUAAACGAUUUUCAGUGUUUCCAGCGUUUUCAGCACAAAAAUCUGGUCUAGAAAACAAUUUUUGACAGUAAUCCAAAUUUUCGGAAUUUUUGGCACAAUUUUCUACAAUAGCUUUUGAAAAGUUGCUAGACCAAAAUUUCGUCCUGAAAAACAUUGGAAACGCUGAAAAUUGCUGAAAAUCAAGAUUUCCAGCGUUUUCAGCACGAAAUUUGAGGCUAGAAAGUCUCCGUGCCAAAAAUUACGAAAAUUUGGAUCAACCGAAUAAGUGUCAAAAAUAUUAUUUUUCUAUAUCAGAAUUUUGUGCUGAAAAAUGCUGAAAAUCAUGAUUUUCAACGAUUUUCAGUGUUUCCAGCGUUUUCAGCAUAAAAAUCCGAUCUAGACAACUAUUUUUGACAGAAAUAACCCUGUAAGGUACAUUUAUUCUACCCAAAACCUAUUUUUUUCAUAUGAAAAUUGAGAUUUUCUGAGCAAACUUUGGAGCUCAGACUGGAGCUCAGCAGCUAAUUUUUGCGGGAUAAUGAUCAGCGCGUCGAGUUACCUAACACUGAAUUUACCUUAUUUCAAAGCCCGUUAUCACCCGAAUGCACCCUUAAUUCCUAUGACGUGGCGACUUUGGGAGGUCAAAACUCGCUUUCAAAAAAGUUUUCAUGAAAAUCUGAUAGGAUAGGGUUGUUCAGAAGGUUUAGGUUCAAUUUUUCGGAUUUUUGAAUUAUCUAAAGUCCCGCCACGUCAUAACUCAUAUUAGACUACCAGAAAACGUAUAUUUUAUUAAAAACGCUUAAUUAUUCAAUAAAAAAUCAACAAAAUGAUCGAUUGGUUCAACAAUAAUUGGAAUCAAAAUCAAUCCUGAAGUUGUUGAAAAUCUUCUUCGAAAUUUCGGUUGAAACAAUCGAGUUCUAGCCAUCAGGAAGUUCAGGGAGUAACAAAAUCGAUUGAUGAUUAAACCCGGCAAAAUCAAGGAGGCUAGAAUUUGCCAAGACAAAGUGUGACCAGCAGCCAGAAUUCUAUGAGAUUUUGUGUGCUGAAAAUGAAAAAAAAAAAGUUUUUUUAUGGAUUUACCUUAUCCAUCAGUGAAUUAGCGACUCUAAGGCGAUAUUUAGGCUAAACCUUACCAUAGUUUGAUUAAUUGUAUCACCUGCAAUAUAUCCAAACGUAAUGACAUACGAAAAUUUGACGAAAAUUGGUUUGAUCAAAAAUCGACAAGCUUCUCCGAUAUCAUUUGCGUAGCAUGGAAAGUUGGAAUUUUUAUCAAAAAAAUUGAAAAUUUUGAGCCUAACGAGGGAAGUGUGUGACCAGUCCCCGGAAAUUUUCAAUGAGACCUAUGUUUUUUAGGUCAGUUUUUCACGCUGAUAAAGCUCCUGUUUUGCUGAACGACUCUCUGAAGAGCCCAAAAAUGAGCCCAAAGUUGAGAAUUUCCUGAAAAUCGCGUUUUUGAGAGCCCAUAACUCAUGUUAGAAAUUAUUUUUAUGGAAAACUGAAUGCAUCACGUUGUUCAGGAGGGUCGAUUUACCAAAGUCACAAGUUUUGACAAAAUUUUCCAAAAAUUUUCAAAUGUGCAAUCCAUGAGCCUAUUUUUCUGAGCCACAAAAUUUUUUUCUGAAAAAGCAUGGACUUACUAAUCAAAAAUUUGUGACUUUGGUAAAUCGACCCUCCUGAACAACAUGAUGCAUUCAGUUUUCCAUAAAAAUAAUUUCUAACAUGAGUUAUGGGCUCUCAAAAACGCGAUUUUCAGGAAAUUCUCAACUUUGGGCUCAUUUUUGGGCUCUUCAGAGAGUCGUUCAGCAAAAACUGAAAACAGGAUCUUUAUCAGUGUGAAAAACUGACCUAAAAAACAUAGGUCUCAUUGAAAAUCUCCGGGGACUGGUCACACACUUCCCUCGUAAGCACUUACCUAAAUAUCUAAUUGGAUAUUGUCGAAAAAUAUCGCCUCCCUCGUUUUUCUCCUUCAUUUUUUAAAAAUAAGAAAUGAGGAAAUUCGGAUAGAUAAACGUGAAAUAAUUUUAGAAUUUUUGUUUUUUUCAAAUUUUCUCUGAAAUUUGUGGCGAAAAUGUAUUUAAAAAAUAUUUUCUCCAAAUUUCUACCAAAUGUCCGUUUCAGGACCUUAAAUUCCCAAUUUUUUUAGAUCUCAAAGCGAUUUUCUUAACAUGAGCAAUACCUUAGUUAAGGUUAACAUGAGCAACAUCAUUUCAAGGCUUAAAAUAAUGCCCUUAACAUAACCAGCUUAUUUUUAGGUUUAAAAUCACUAUGAAUUUAGUGUCAGAAUAAUGCUCUUAACAUGAGCAAUACCUUAGUUAAGGUUAACAUGAGCAACAUUAUUUUUAAGCUUCAAAUAAUUCUGUUAACAUGAGCAAUACCGAUAAAAAAAAUGGUUAAAAAAGUCUUCUAGUUCUCAUGUGCUUUUAAAAAGUGCCGAAAAUUCGAAGAAAAUCUGAAAUUCUCGAAUAAAAUCUGAAAUUUUAUCAGAAAAAUUUAAAAAUUAGAAAAUUCCUACGAUUUUCAGCCCAAACCUCAAAAAUCCCAAUUUUCCCAUCUCCAUGAAAAUCUGAAAUUUUUAAAUAAAAAUUCAAAAAUUUGAAAAUUCCUACUUAGUUAAGAUUAACAUGAGAAACAUCACUUUUGAGCUUAAAAUAAUGCUCUUAACAUGAGAAACAUAAUUUUUAAGCUUAAAAUACUAAUCUUUUUGGUCCUGAAACCAUUUUUAGUCAACAAUUUUUUGAAAAAAAUGAAUGUUCUUCUCGAAUAAAAUCUGAAACUUCUAUGAUUCUCAGCCCAAAAAAUCCCCAAUUUUCCGUUUGCAGACAUCGAAUUCUGUCGCGAAAUGCUGGCCCUCUACGAUUCCUCAUCCGACGAAGAAGAAGACGAAACGCGUCGAGAAAACAGAUACAAUCUGAGUGAACUUCAACUUCAUUCAACCAACAACAAUCAGCAGAUUCGACAACUCAACGACGGUUUUCCACGAAUUCGUUGCAUCAAUAAUUCGACACAGAAUACGAUUAUUAAUUCGGCGAAUCGUGAAAACAAUAUUCCAACAACAUCUUCAGCUUCAGCUUCUAAUUCUAAUUCUCAAAAUCAAAAUAAUGAAAGAAUUCCUCAACCAACACGAUUCGAUCCACCACAACAAGAACCAGGGUUUGGCAAUAGUUUUGCACGCGAGUUGAGAGAAUUGAAACUUCAAGCCGAAGAUUCCAAGUGAGUUAUUCUGAUUUGAUUUUUCACGGCCUUUUACAGGGUAAAAAAUUACCCUGGUAAAGACCGUGUUCCCGAUUUUCAGACAAUAUCUCUACACACCUGAUCCAACUCGUCAAAAGCUCAAAAUUCUCGAAAUCUUCACCUCCGACAAAACCGACGAUUUCUACAAUUGGAUUCCAAAUGAAGAUUUCUCUGAUGGUAAGCAUCCUCGAAGUGAAUCUUCAAAAAAAAAAUCAAUAUUUUCAGCCAAAGCUUACAAUCAUCACCCGGCAAUUUAUCCACGAGACUAA